GGUCAAGUUCAGUGCGUCGUUUCUCCGGACCGGACGGACGCUUCUUAUUGGUUAAAAGGUUGCGACAGUUACAUCACGUCGCUCGGUGACGCGCGCACGUCUUCCUGUUUCCUUCAGCCUUCAGCGUCUUAAAGUGAAUCUUUUUUAGUGGCGGAGGAAGCGCUCCAGCAUCCACAGUCCUCCAGCUGCCAUCCAGUGCGCCUCGGAGACGCACACACUCACUCUCUCUCUCUCUCUCUCUCUCUCUCUCUCUCUCUUUCUCUCCUCUCUCUCUCUCUAUGUCUCUCACUCUUUCAGUCACAGCAGAGGAUAGAGGGAGACACCGACGCGCAAGAGCUCUUUUUUCAUCUUUUCCUAUUUUGUUCCUUUAUUCCAGCUCUUCUUCCUCCUCCUCUGAGUUCUAUCCACAGCAUCCAGCGGUGCGCACCUCUGCGUUUAUUCUCUCUUUUUUUUGUGUUGUUGCAGUAGGAGUUCAGGUUGUCCCCCUCUUCAUCUAAAAGGGCACUCAGAGGAUUUGAUCCUAGAGGACUGGCUUUUCGGGAUAUGGCCCAUUAGCAGCAGCCCGUGAUGCCGGACCAUGACAGCGACUCCCUCCUGAACAGACAGACCAAGCGAAGACGUGUGGACAUUGGUGUUAAGAGGACCGUGGGCAGCACAGCCUCCUCCGCAGCGGCAGCCACAACAACAACCACUGAUAACAUUGCCCGCGCCAAAGCAGCCAUUUUCAGUGCCAUGAACUCUCUGAGCUCCCACUCUCACCACGGAUCAGACACCGACUCCAUGGAGUGCUCUGUAGUGCAGCCACAUGGUGGACCUGGCGUCGUGUCAGCCGGCGACAGCGAGUCCAAGUCCAAUGUACUCCGAAAGCUACUGAAGAGGGCCAACUCUUACGAGGACACCAUGAUGCCCUUCCCUGGCACCACCAUUAUCUCCCAGCUUCUCAAGAAUAACAUGGCUAAAAAUGGAGGAGGACACGAGAGGGGAGAACGAGGGGAUAGAAUUGAUAGAGGUGAUAGAGUUGAUAGAGGUGAUAGAGGUGAUAGAGGGGAUAGAGGGGAUAGAGGGGAUAGAGUGGAUGUCGGCUUCCCCGGAUCAGGGCUCUCCAAUGCAAGUUCCGAUGCUCCCCAGGAGGACGCGUGCAGUAACUCCUCCCAUGACAGCACCCCUCAAGAGUGCUUGUCCCCCUUUGGUCGUCCUCCUGGCCUGGCCGCCUUUGACAUUGAACGUCUCAAUGAUGAACACCUGCGUGCCAAGCGAGCCCGCGUAGAGAACAUUAUACGUGGCAUGAGCCACUCACCCAGCGUGGUGGUACCUGCUGCUUCCCGUCACGAGCGUGACCGCGACCAUGACAUGGAUGGAGACCGGGAGAUGGAUCUAGACUGCCCACCCCCUCAGUCUCAGCAGCAGGCCCCCAGCAGCCCACGGGGAGGCGAGGUGUGCAGCAGUAGCAGCCGAGAGAACAAGCGUAAGCAGCGUCUGCCUCAGCAGCAACAACAGAGCUUCACCCAGCUGGUGUGCCAGAGGAAGGAACAGAAGCAAGAAGAGCGACGGCAACUGAAGCUGCAGCUGGAGGACAUGCAGAAGCAGCUACGCCAGCUGCAGGAGAAGUUCUUUCAGAUUUACGACUCAACCGAUGACUCGGAACACAACGACCUCCACAAUGAACUCCACAACGACAUAGGAAACUUGUCCGAGGACAGCCCAGCUAGGUCUGACACGGGCGGCGACGACCGGGGUGGAGAUGACUUGCGCUCUGACAAUGAGAUGUCUGACUUGGACCCGGGCCACUUCCUGGACAGGGCGCGGGCAUUGCUUCAGGAGCAGGCCUUGCUGGCAGGCCGAGAGAAAUCAAGAAGAGAGGGGCUCAGUCGGAGCAAAGGACCGGGAGGUCCAGGCUCCUCCAUGCAUGCUGAAGGGAAACAGCUGGCAGAAACACUGAAGCAGGAACUCAAUUCAGCCAUGACCCAGGUGGUGGACACAGUGGUUAAGGUGUUCGCCAAACCUCCACGCCCUACACCCCAGCAGGCCUUCCCAUCGCUUUCCAUACCUCCUGAAAGAUUUCCCACCACUGUCAACGGAGACAACCCUAACUUCCACACAGCCAACCAGAGGCUGCAGUGCUUCGGCGACGUCAUCAUUCCCAAUCCACUAGACUCCUUCGCCAGCAUGCCCGGGAUGCCCGGCUCCACCACUGACCAAACCGAGGCGAUACCCUUAGUCGUGAGGAAGACACCCAGUGAGCAUCACCACCACCACCACCAGUCCUCAGCUGUGGGCGCCCACGGCGGGCACCACCACCCCGUCCUUCACCCUUCCUCGCUCUCUGCCUCCAUGGGCUUCAGCCCCCCAUCCUUUAGACACCCCUUUCCGCUGCCUCUCAUGGGCUACCCUUUCCAGAGUCCCCUUGAUGGGCCCACAGGUGGCUACCCAGGCAAGGACCGUUCCUCUCCAGACUCCAUGGACCUGUCCCGGGAGACCACCAGCCUGAGGACCAAGAUGGCAUCGGGUCACCACCACCACCACCUGGGGCACCACCAUCGCUCUUGUUCAUCACCAGCGCACCCUGGCAGUACAGCCGGGGGACUCUCCCUGUCCCUCAUCAAGUCUGAGUGUAGUGACCUCCAGGACAUGGCUGACAUCUCACCCUACUCAGGCAGCAAUAUCCAAGAGGGUCUCUCUCCCAAUCAUCUGAAGAAGGCCAAGCUCAUGUUUUUCUACACCCGCUACCCAAGCUCUAAUAUGCUCAAGAUGUUCUUCUCUGAUGUCAAGCGACAAGCUUCACUAUUUGGGCCAGUCAUGUGCUGUGGAGUAGCGGAGUUUAACCGCUGCAUCACCUCCCAGCUGAUCAAGUGGUUCAGCAACUUCAGGGAGUUCUACUACAUCCAGAUGGAGAAGUUCGCCCGCCAAAACAUCAACGACGGGGUCACCGGAGUGGAGGAGUUGGGCGUCAGCCGCGACAGCGAGCUCUUCCGAGCCCUCAACAUGCACUACAACAAGGCCAAUGACUUCGAGGUCCCUGAACGCUUCAUUGAGGUUGCAGAGAUCACGCUGAGGGAGUUCUUCAACGCCAUCGUGGCCGGCAAAGACGUGGACCCGUCCUGGAAGAAGGCCAUCUAUAAGGUCAUCUGCAAACUGGACAGCGAGGUUCCCGAUGUCUUCAAGUCCCCUAACUGUCUCCAAGAGCUUCUACACGAGUAAAUUUCUCCUCCUCCUCCUCCUCCUCCUCUUCCUCCUCCUCCUCGCUCGACGCUUUGCGCUUUUUUUUAUUUUCUCUGAUUUCAUAGAAUUUCAAAAUAUUCUCUUUUAUUGUUUUUUUUUUUUUUCCUUUCCCCCAACUUUUCUUUUGAUUUCCUGUUUUUUUUAUUUUUGAAUGUAUGAAAAGUUAUGAAGUAGCAUUCCCAAUCUGAAGCCUCUUGUGGCGGUUCCUAAACGACCUAGCUAUUGUGUUGUUGUUCUUAUAUGAUAAUUAUCAUAGAAUGGUUAUUAUUUGUUUUGUUUUUGUAUGAACUGAAGAGACUCUAAUCUUAUUGGGUGUUUUUUUGGACCGCGUGAACCCUCAUCCGUUUGGCUUGUUUUAUGAUCAACACUAACAAAGUCCUCAGUGUGUGGAAGGAGUUACACUACUAAGAACAUAGGCUGGGUUCCCCCUAAAGACUCGGCACCCAGGGGUGUCCCUCCAAUCCAGUGGGUGUCCAAAUGAACUGUCCCCGAAAAAGUGGGUGCCCAAUAGACUGUGCUACUGAAGAUGUCCCCGAGCAGGACAGUCACACACACACAAAAACAAGGCCUAGUGAGGUUAUUGACUGGACUAAGACUGGACUCGUGCUACUGGUCUGUACUAGUCUGUGGGACUUGGACUGGUUUCAAAUAGCUACUGAGCUCUACCAUGUUUUGAAGUGUGUUUUCCCUGCAAGUAGGGCAUUGUGUUUAUUGGGUGUACAUUAUUAUUUUGAUUAUUAUUGUUGUUGUUUAUGAUUAUUAUUAUUUGUCAUCACUGCUUGCUGAAGAUUGGCACUUCGAGAUUUGUUUGUCCCUUGAUGCCGUUGCAGAAAAAAAAUAAAUUAUUGCUAUUAAUAUUAUUCCAAGAGUUUAGAUUCUGAAAUACUUUGCCCCCCAUUUCCUUCUCCUUACUCUUGUUUUUGUUUGUCCAGCUCUGAAGUGGACUUUGGUUUUGUUUAUUUAGUUUUUUUUUAUGGUCUGGGGCAACUUGCCUGGAAAGUUUUUUGAUUUAGGGUUUGAAUGGAGGACCAUCUCCAAUACGCCUGUAGUGACUAGCCUAUCCUGCAGAGGACCAGUGUGGAGUAAGGCUGCAGAAACACAUGAAGUAAACGGUGCAGAAGUAUAAAAUUAUGCAGAAGAAGUGUGGCCUUUUUGGUGCGUGACCUGCUGUUUUUUAAAUGGCUAAAUUUCCAUAGCCGUUCCAGCUUUGAUAACUAAACUGCUCCCACUAAAAAAGAGCCAUUUUGUCCAGCUAUCAAAUAAAUCGUAUUCGUCUAAUUACCUGCUCCAGAUUGGUGAACAUACACACUAAUAACUGCAUAGUUUUUCGUCUUUUUAUAGUCACUAAAUAGCUCGUGUGUGAGAUGAAGUCAGCCUUUUAUUGUGAUUAGCCUACACAAGGUGUAAAUGACAUUAUGAAGUUAUUUCAAUAGCAGAAGAUACUUGAAUCUAUCAGAAUACUGUGGCAAUCUAGAGUACAGUGUCGCUGAAACAAUACGAAUGGAAGCAUCACAGAGAUAAUUAAAGGAGGGCAAAGAGAGAGGUGGAUAUAAGCUGAAAUCAUUAAUUCUGCUUCAAGUGGAACUUCCCCCACAAACAACACACGCACUGCUCCUUCCCUCCGUGCUCACCUGCCUUUGAGUGAUCUAGCUCCUCUCUCAAUGCAACAAUACGAGGUCGGAGGUGAGCACUCACCCCAGGGGUAGACGGAGAAGCUCUCAGCACUACAAAGAGCGGGGACAAAGGCACAGAGCGAGGAGCAACACGCACCUGAAACCCUCCGCUCUGUCCCUCCGUCCCAAACUGGCAGCUUUUUAAAAAGACCCAAAGUGUGAUUCUGUCGAAGCCACUGUGCCCAGUUUGUUAAACGCCAUUCCUUUUACCUGAGAUUCUAAUCCCAGAUUUUUUCCACUUGAGUUGCACAUGUAUACCUAGCGUUUUAUGAAUUUUAUCCGCCCUCUCAGGCUUUUAAGAAUUUUACGAAGCAUUUAGCAUAAGCUGCCCUUUUUGAUGAGGUAAGUUUGAAUGCUUUCUGGAGUGCGUGCGAGCUCGCUGUUGAUCUCACCUUGGCGACAUUAUCUUGCGAUGUGUCUGUGUAUGUGUGUGUCACAAAAGAUCAAAAGGGGCAGGUUGCUUAACCUGCUGACUUGUCUAAGCGAGACAAAGCGGCUGACAAAAGGAGGCAGAGAAAGACAGAGAGCUACUCCCUUCAUUAUGUCCCCCAACCUCUCCUCCUCCUCCUCCCCGAACACUGUUCUUCUUAAGAUCCGGGAGCCCUGAGAGAGCGAGCCGGACACAUUUCUCACUGAAGGAUGGGCUCGGCCCCGCAUGUCUCAGAGUCUCAAAGCACCAGCCAAGGGCUCUAAAGCGCCACAAACAAAGGAGAAAGGAAAGGACACUUUUAUCUGAUGCACAGAUUAUUAUCGCUCCGCACCCUCCUCCUCCUCCCCUCCUCUUCCUGCAACCCCGCCCUAAAGUUAAAGAGUUCCUGCGCCUAAAAAGAUUAAUUCAGGAUAAUGAAGACUUAUGUGCAAAAAGGAUUAGCAAGACCUUAAUACCGCGUUGAAAAUAUUUUUGUCAAGUUUUUCUUUCCUGGGGUCGUUUGAUUUUAAGGAUAUUGAAAUACAUAUAUAGCCUUUUUUUAAGAAUUGUAAAAGAUAAAUCUAUGGGAAAAAAAUAUAUACAGUAGUGGAAGUUCCUGAAAAUUUGUUUCAUAAAAGAAAUCUUGAGGGUAUUUUUAGUGACGGCUUUGUUUAAAUCUGUAUUCUGAAUAAGUGAGUUGUUGGUAGAUUAGGAGCAAUAGUUGUAGGUUUUUUGCAGGUUUUGUGACCUUUUGGUUUCUUUACCUUUUUUUUUUGUAUCGUGCUUGAAUGGCUGUCUUCUCGAGAUCAGAAAAAUACAUUUUCAGAGUAUGAAAUAUUGUUACUGUAAAUACUGUCAGGAUGAAAACAAAGAAUAGCUGUACAGUUUUUCUAUUAUCACUCAGAGUGCUAGAGAAGAGUGAGAGUGGUUUAAAAAAAAAAAAGAAGACCCGCUCUCUCCAAACCGGACUCAUAACCACUCUUCCUAAAAAACACAGAGGAGAGGUUUUUGUUGUUUUCUUUCUCCCUGCCAUGCCUUUAACGGGGGUCUGCUUCCCCUCGGCAGCGCCCUUGAAGUUGCACCAGCAUCCGUUUCUUUAAUUUUCGCUGACAGAACGAUGCAUUAGGCUAGCGGUCAGGCAAUGAUGAUGUCACAGAGCGGCCCGUUGGCAGGACUCAUCCAAAAAACGAGGGCAGACUGCCGCCGACGUAGCUCUAGAUUUGACCCGGGGAGAGAGACAGGAACUCAUUGUCAUCAGAAGACUAGUGUCAUGGAGGGGGCACAUGUUGUACAGUAACACUUUAAAAAGAGACUGCAGACAGAAAAAUAAGUGAUUUAUACCCUUUUUUACCGGGUUCAAACAGUUGGGAAAAGUUUGGACUUUUGUGGAAUUUCUGUACGCUUUGCAUUAUGUGUGUGUGUGUGUAGAUGUAUAUGAGUGUGUGUCUGUGUGUGUGAGAGAAAAGACCGAUUAUGAGAACCUGUGAACCAGUGAGUGACACAAUUCUCAACACUGUGGCCCCUCCCCCACCCCUGGGAGUACCAUCCUGACAUGUAAAUGAUUCUCAUUAAGCGUUGGCAACGUGUGUGUGUGUGUGUGUGUGGGUGAGCGUGUGUGCGUGUGUGUGUGUUGCGAUAAUUUCCUCUGAUCUGUUUUCUGACCUGUUUGAAAGGGUUUUUUGUUUCUCGAUGCUUUCAGUAGUAAAUCUUUUUUUAUUAUUAUUAUUAUUAUUAUUAUUACAUUGCUCCUCUUUUUUUUGUAAAUAUAAAUGAUGUGGACUUACAGUGAUAAAUACUGCCUUUGUGUAACUUAGCAAUAUGUUAUGUAAAUAGUGUUUUGUUGAUGCUUUUUGUAUGACAUUAUUAUUCGAUUCUAGUGCAGUAAUUCCAACUGGAGCGGCCAUGUUUCCAAUACAGUCUGAAUAGUUACACUCAGCAGGUUGUAAGAUAAAAACUCAUGACGUGGCUGCUUUUUUUUUCUGUUAUCGGUGUCUAUUUGUCUUGCAGAUUUUGUGUAAUUUAUUGGUUUAAUUUAUCCUAAUUUAUUUGAUGUUGUUUUCUUUUGUUUUUCAAACAGGGAAGGCUGUACUGCAUUUCAUUAAGUAGAACCAAUUUAAAAAAAAAAAGAUUUAAAUCCUUAUCCUAAAAUUGAAUUUAAAAUAAUUAGUAUUCUAGCGUCCUCAUUCAAUUGAGAGAAAUGAUAAAAAUGGAGAUCUUGGCAGCUAAAUGGAACCGGACAGUUUUAAAGAAAAAAAAAAAAGAAAAGGUUGUUAUGUUUUGUUCCUGGACCGGGCCGAGGGUGGGCUACAUAGAAAGCUGAAACUAGUUGGAAGCAGUUUUGUAUUUUCUCUUGAGAUUUUUUCCCCCUGUAUUGCUUUGGCCCAGCCCAAAAAACAACCAGUAGUCAAAUUGCCUUUCGUGCCUUCACCCUCUAUGAACUGAAUGUAUGUGCAGUAUAUAUGCAAGCUUGUGCAAAAUGAAUAAAAAAUGGAAAUAAAAAUGAAAAAGAGUAGAAAA